AUGCCGGUCCAGCGCUGCGAGACGCCUCCACUGACUGCAGGAGGGGUCCUCCUUCCGCUGGAGAGUGGCACAGUCGCGCUCAUAAGUUUCCCCUAUCUAACCCACCUUAGCCUGCCUAUCGGCGGUUCUAACCCGCUAGCCCCUCUAGCUAUCUUCGCCGCUGGCAGCCCUACCUGGCUGCGAUCGGCACCCUCCCAAGCAGUCCAAGUUCAGUUGGUGAGCAGGCUGAGGAUCAAUGAGAAACAGAUGGAAGACCUCAAGGCAGAAGACACUGAACAAACCUCUGAACUGAUGAAGCUGUGGAGAAAAGUGAACAUGACCGAGAGCCUCCAGGACAAGCUAAACACAGAGUUGGUGAGCAGACUGAGAGGUUUUGAGGAACAUCUGAAAGGUCAGAAGACAAAAAUCUCAGCGUGUGAAGCUGAGCUGGCAGCUGUGGUGGUCAGACUGAACGUGACUGAGGAGCAGCUGGAUGAGCUGAGGAGACAAAGUUCAGACCGAUUGACUGCUGCACAGAGAGACACUGAAGAUCUGCAGGUCAGACUGAGAGUCAGCCAGAAACAGCUGGAAGACCUGAAGACAGAAAACUUAGUGAAACUUUCCUGGAUGGAGUCCAGACUGACAGAGGGACUAAACAACACUGAAGAGUUGGUGAGCAGGCUGAGGAUCAAUGAGAAACAGAUGGAAGACCUCAAGGCAGAAGACACUGAACAAACCUCUGAACUGAUGAUGCUGUGGAGAAAAGUGAACAUGACCGAGAGCCUCCAGGACAAACUAAACACAGAGUUGGUGAGCAGACUGAGAGGUUUUGAGGAACAUCUGAAAGGUCAGAAGGCAAAAAUCUCAGCUCACCUGCCAUUUUGUGGAGGAACCGGCCGGAGCUGGAUGGCUAAGGACGAGAGGGAGUAUGUGAGGGAGAAGUUGAGGGACCAAGUUGGAAGGGCUGUAGAUGGAGGUGUUAGGUGUACUCGGUGUGAGCGGAUUGCUGUAGCUGAAGCAGCCGCUGUGGGAGGCAGACAGGGCUUCAGGGCGUGUGAAGCUGAGCUGGCAGCUGUGGUGGUCAGACUGAACGUGACUGAGGAGCAGCUGGAUGAGCUGAGGAGACAAAGUUCAGGUGAUUUUUGA